GGCAGCAACCUAAUUCCUGAAAUCUCCUUCAAAAGUUCUGUUCGUAGCGAAAUUGCAAAAUGGCUUGCUGGUCAUCCGAAAACGCCACGAAAGCUUACCUCCGAGCCGUGAAAAUGGGGAAGAGAGGGAAAGAGCCCGAUUCAGCGGAGUUCAUAUCUGCGCUCGCGGCGGGAAACAACGCGCAGCUCAUGGUGAUGGUGUCGUCAACCCGCGCCGCCGUCGAGGACGCCUCCAUGACGGUCGCGCUCGUCGCGGCAGCGCACCAGACGGGCGGGCGGGUCGUCCACGUCUCGCCCGGGCCGGAUGAGUCGAGAGCCUCCAGGGACGCGCUGGGGUCUCACGCCCGACGAGUCGAGUUUGUGGUGGGGAAGGCGAGGACACUUUUGCUGAACGAGCUCAGGGGCGCGGAUUUCGUGCUCCUGGAUUGCAGAGAAGAUGACCCGCGCGGGGCGUUCGAGGCGGUGCGGGAAUGCGGCGGAGGGAUCGUCGUGGGGUAUAAUGCCCUGCAGGAGGGCGCGUUGUGGAGUGGAUUAAGAGGUCACUUUUUGCCUAUAGGGGAGGGUCUUAUGGUGACUAGGAUUGCGAAUGGUGCUAAAUUCGGCAGCAGGAUCGGCAGCGGCAGCGGCGGGUGCUGCCGGAAGAAGAGCAGAUGGGUAGUGACGGUGGAUGACAGUACCGGCGAAGAGCAUGUUUUCAGGAUUGUCUCGCCGCAGCAGAAAAGGAUUGAAGAUUGAGGAAGAGAUUUAUUUGAUUUUGGGAUCUGCCAGGGAAACAGAGAGGACCAAGACUUUCUGCUGGAUCUGGAUCUGGUCAUCCUCACUAACUCUUAAAAUUUUGUAUAUAUAAAUAGCG